AUGGCUCCUCCUCCAACUGCUGUUGAAUCUUCAAUCAAUUUUGAAGGUCACCCAACUAUCAAAUCUAACCAAGACCCAUUGGUUCAACAAUUAUCCCUUAAAGAAGACACUGUCAUCAGACACAAUGCUCCACCUCCAACUUUAUACGAAGAUGGUUUAUUAGAAAAAGGUACUACUAUUUCCUCCACUGGUGCUUUAAUGGCUUACUCUGGUAAGAAAACUGGUAGAUCUCCAAAAGAUAAAAGAAUCGUUGAUGAAGAAACUUCUACCCAAAAUGUCUGGUGGGGUCCAGUUAACAAACAAGUUGAUGAAUUGACUUGGAAAAUCUCCAGAUCCAGAGCUUUGGACUACUUGAGAACCAGAGACAAGUUGUUUGUCGUUGAUGCCUUUGCUGGUUGGGAUCCAAGAUACAGACUUAAGAUUAGAAUUAUCUGUGCUAGAGCUUACCACGCUUUAUUUAUGACCAAUAUGUUGAUCAGACCAACUAAAGAAGAAUUGGAAAACUUUGGUGAACCAGAUUUCACCAUUUACAAUGCUGGUCAAUUCCCAGCUAAUGUUUUCACCAAAGGUAUGUCAUCAUCUACUUCUGUUGAAAUUAACUUCAAAGAUAUGGAAAUGGUUAUCCUUGGUACUGAAUAUGCCGGUGAAAUGAAGAAAGGUAUCUUCACUCUUCUUUUCUACACUAUGCCAAUCAGACACAAGAUUUUGACUCUUCAUUCUUCUUGUAAUCAAGGUGUUGAAAAAGGUGAUGUCACAUUAUUCUUUGGUUUGAGUGGUACUGGUAAGACCACCCUUUCUGCUGAUCCACACAGAAAAUUGAUUGGUGAUGAUGAACAUUGUUGGUCCGACAAUGGUGUUUUCAACAUUGAAGGUGGUUGUUACGCUAAAUGUUUGGACUUGUCUGCUGAAAAAGAACCAGAAAUUUUCAACUCCAUCAAAUUCGGUUCCAUCUUGGAAAAUGUUGUCUACGAUCCAAUCACCAAGGUUGUCGACUAUGAAGAUUCUUCCAUCACUGAAAACACUAGAUGUGCUUACCCAAUUGAUUUUAUUCCAUCUGCUAAGAUUCCAUGUUUGGCUGAUACUCACCCAUCCAACAUUAUCUUGUUGACUUGUGAUGCUUCUGGUGUCUUGCCACCAGUUUCCAAAUUGACCAAUGCUCAAGUUAUGUACCACUUUAUUUCUGGUUACACUUCUAAGAUGGCUGGUACUGAAGAAGGUGUCACCGAACCACAAGCUACCUUCUCCGCUUGUUUUGGUCAACCAUUCUUGGUCUUGCACCCAAUGAGAUAUGCUCAACAAUUAUCUGACAAGAUUUCUGAACACAAAGCUAACGCCUGGUUGUUGAACACCGGUUGGGUUGGUUCUUCUGCUGCUAGAGGUGGUAAGAGAUGUUCCUUGAAAUACACCAGAGCUAUCUUGGAUGCUAUCCACUCUGGAGAAUUAUCCAAGGUUGAAUACGAACAAUUCCCAGUCUUCAACUUGAAUGUUCCAACUUCCUGUCCAGGUGUUCCAAGUGAAAUCUUGAACCCAACCAAGGCUUGGACUGAAGGUGUUGAUUCUUUCAACAAGGAAAUCAAAUCUUUGGCUGGUAAAUUUGCCGAAAACUUCAAGACUUAUGCUGACCAAGCUACCGCUGAAGUCAGAGCUGCUGGUCCAGAAGCUUAA